UACACAGAUGCAAUAAAUAAAAUUGAACCACACCGCACCGUUUUUAAAAUUCAAAAAUUAUUCACAUUAAACCUAAUACUGAUUGAUAAGAAUCUUACUAGGGCACUUAAUUACGGUGCUAUCGGCACAGUUCUAGGACAUGAGCUUAUGCAUGGGUUUGACGAUAGUGGACGCAUGUUUGAUCGGACUGGGAAUAUGCGCCAGUGGUGGAGUAAUAAAACCAUUGACGAAUAUAUAAAUCGCACUCAGUGCUUCGUUGAACAAUAUAGCCAAUAUCAGCUGCUGGAUAUAGGAGAGUACGUGGAUGGUGAAUUGACUUUGGGAGAGAACAUUGCAGAUAAUGGUGGAAUGCGUGAAGCUUUUUAUGCCUACCAAAAGUACGUUGAAAAAUCGGGAAAAGAAGAUAGAUUGCCAGGAAUGGAGAAUUACAGUCAUGAACAAUUGUUUUUUAUAUCGUUUGGUUAUCUCUGGUGUGAAACCCUAACUCCAGCUGCCAGUCAUCAUGUCCUUGAGGACGUUCACUGUCCUGGCAGUAUACGACUUAAGGGGGUUUUAUCCAACUCAGAAGAAUUUGCAAACACAUUUAAUUGUAAACGUGGAUCUGCAAUGUUUCCGGAUAAUAAAAAGUGUAAAAUAUGGUGAUAUCUUAUUAAUGGUUAAUGAGCGAAGUGUAGUUUUUCUUUUGAAAUUAAACUAAAAUAUAUUUUACAAAUUUCAUACAAUUUAUUUAAACUCACUUUUUUUGUAUAAAAACAAUGUAUUUUAAGUAGGAAACAUUCAUUCAACUGUGAAAUAAAGCUUUUGACUUUUCUAAGAAAAUAAAA